AUGCAGCUGACAAAGCUUACUUCAAUGCGAGAUGGACAUAGGAAAGUUGUCGAAAACCUACUUUUGAAGUUUGAGGAGGAAUCAUCUAAUUUUAAGCGCAUCAAGUUGCUGGAAAUUCUAGCGGAGAAGGCGGAAACCAUCAAAGCCUUAUGUGAGAAAAUCGUAAGUCAUGCAGAAAUUGCUGACUUGGGGACGGAGCUUGUUGAAAGUGAGGAAUACUCUACCGACCUUGAAUUGAAACUGCUGACACACCGUAGACAAACACAACUUGCAUCCGAGAACACAGACUUAUCCAAGAGUGACGAAAACAAGAAUCGCAAUGCAGAGGCGAUACAGAUAAACGAACCGUCAGCGCCAUCAGAAGUGAUGCCACAGCUUUAUCACAAAUUGCCACACCUUUCGCUGCCGAAUUUUAAUGGUGACAUAACCGAAUGGCAAACUUUCUGGGAUUGCUACGAGUCGUCAGUGCAUUCGAACCACACCCUCUCUUAUGUUAAAAAAUUCAGCUAUCUGCGAUCGUUGUUACAUGGAAGCACUGCCUCAAGUAUUACUGGUUUCCCAUUAACGAAUGCAAAUUACGCAAAAGCCGUUGAGCUACUAAAAGAACGUUUUGGCCAGACGCAUAAGAUCAUCAGCACGUAUAUGCAGUCCUUGCUUGAACUGCCACGGCCGGAGAAUACUCCGCACAGCAUACAGACUUUUCGUGAUAAAAUGGACACAUCCAUCAGAGGCCUCGAGUCCUUAGGCCAGUCUCAAGAAUCAUAUGGCGACUUGUUAAUUCCCAUCAUCAGAGACAAACUUCCGAAAGAGCUGAGACGUAAUAUGGUCCGUGACCAUGGCGACCGACCGUGGACGCUACCGGAAGUGAGACGAGCCAUUGGAACGGAAAUCAACGGAAGGAGAAAUCCCAGUAUUCCAGAAACAUCACAUGCCAACAGCAUCCUUCCUUGCCGGAAAUGGUAG